CAGUAAAUUGACUAUAAAAAUACCCUCAAUUCUCUCUGUUCAUCACUUGCUCCGCUCUUCUCUUUCUCUAAUCUCUACUCCCACUUUCACCAUUUUCUACCCUCUCUUUAACAAUGUCGCAAUAGCCAUUAGCCAAUUACAGAAGAAAGGAAACAGAGUAGUCUGCAUUUGAGCAUAUAACUGUUUACAAAAUCAAAUAUCAUCCAAUUUUGUUUCAACUUUUUGAGAAGGAGAGAAAAUGGCGGACUUACGAAUGCAAUUUGGGAUACAGUGGGACCUUAUAAAGACGCCAUUGAUAGUCCCAUUGCUGCAAUUAGCAGUCUAUAUUUGCUUAGCCAUGACUCUGAUGCUUUUUAUCGAGAGACUUUACAUGGGUGUUGUUAUUAUCCUCAUAAAACUCUUCUGGAAGAAACCUGAACAACGAUACAAAUGGCAACCGAUUCAUGAAGAUACAGAGAGUGGGAAUUCAUCUUUUCCGAUGGUUCUAAUUCAAAUCCCAAUGUUCAACGAAAAAGAGGUAUACAAGAUCUCAAUCGGUGCAGCAUGUAACCUGUCAUGGCCGGCCGACCGCCUUGUGAUUCAAGUUCUCGAUGAUUCCACCGACCUCAACAUCAAGGAUUUGAUUGAGAAAGAAUGUCGACGAUGGGCUAACAAAGGAGUAAAGAUUUGGUACCAAAUUAGAGAGAGUCGUGGAGGGUAUAAAGCUGGUGCAUUGAAAGAAGGAUUAACUCAUGAUUAUGUGAAGAACUGUAAAUACGUCACCAUAUUUGACGCCGAUUUCCGGCCGGAACCGGAUUUUCUCCGGCGAGCAAUUCCGUUCCUUGAGUUCAACCCUAAAAUUGCCCUUGUUCAAGCUCGGUGGCGAUUCGUAAAUUCAGAUGAAUGUUUAUUGACAAGAAUGCAAGAAAUGUCACUGGAUUACCAUUUCACAGUGGAGCAAGAAGUAGGAUCAGCCACUCAUGCCUUUUUCGGUUUUAACGGUACCGGCGGUGUGUGGAGGAUCGCCGCCAUCAACGAGGCUGGUGGUUGGAAGGAUCGGACCACCGUCGAGGACAUGGAUCUUGCAGUCCGAGCCGGUCUCAAGGGGUGGAAAUUCCUCUAUCUCGGUGACCUUCAGGUCAAUAGUGAACUUCCUAGUACGUUUAAAGCGUUUCGUUUCCAACAACAUAGGUGGUCUUGUGGUCCAGCCAAUUUGUUCAGAAAAAUGGUGCUUGAGAUCAUUAGGAACAAGAAAGUGACAUUAUGGAAGAAGGUGUAUGUAAUCUAUAGUUUUUUCUUCGUGCGAAAAAUCAUCGCUCACAUGGUCACAUUUUUCUUCUUUUGCAUUGUUCUCCCCGUCACCAUUUUAGUCCCGGAAGUCAAAGUCCCCACAUGGGGAGCCAUCUACAUUCCUUGCAUAAUUACCACAUUGAAUUCGGUGGGGACACCAAGAUCGAUCCAUUUAUUAUUCUACUGGAUUCUUUUUGAGAACGUGAUGUCAUUGCAUCGGACUAAGGCAACCUUCAUUGGUCUACUUGAUGCAAAGAGAUCUAACGAAUGGGUUGUCACUGAAAAGCUCGGAGAUUCUGUCAAGAACAAAAAAUCAAAUCUUAAACAAAUCAAACCCGAUCCCAUAUCCAAACCAUUCAAAUUUAACCUUAGUACCAGGAUUCAUCUUACAGAAUUGGGAUUCGCAGUGUUCUUGUUCUUCAUUGGAUGCUAUGAUUUUAUGUAUGGAAAUCAUCGAUAUUUCGUAUACAUUUUCCUCCAAGUGGUGACUUUCUUGAUCGUUGGAUUUGGUUAUGUGGGCACUGUCGUCCCUUCUUAGAGUCUUUUCAACUUAAAUUGUAUCCCUUUUUUCUCCAUCCCAAUCUCUACCAAUUCAAAGUACAUACAACUUCCCUAAUGGAUAUAGUGGGAAGAGAGAAAUAUGCCAAAACUUUUGAAUUUAGUGUAGUUUAAUCUGUUUGUGAAAGACAAACACUGGUAGCAGUUAUCGAAGUAUGUAGUUGAAGAAGAAGUAUAACAGUGACAAGAUCGUCUUGAUGUCGAUCUUUUCUUUGAUCCGAGUUGCUUGUAAUUUUUCUUUUUUGAAUUUUGUAUCAUAUAUUUCUUUUUGUAGAGGGAAAUAUUUAGAUGGCACUAGGAUCAUCAAAUAUGUUUAGCCAUCUUUUGUGACUUUUUAUUAUUUGUUUGUGUGAUGUAUUUUGUUAGAACUGUAUCCCAUCAAAUGAGU